CUGCCUGGAGCAGCAUCACUACACAUUUCUCAACGAGACACGACAGAUCUUUAUGAUUUUGCCACUUAAAUACCAGAGGACAUAAGAAUUAUAGAAUCCUCCACAGUCCCUAACACAGCCAACAUCUCUGCGACCCAGGCACUACCGCCCCUUUGGCCUGCGCUGCUAAACACCACUUCUCCCAACCGCAACCCAAACAACAACCAUACCGAUAUCACAAUGGGCUGGCUCUGGUCCUCCUCACAGUCAAAGACGGAUUCGCCGUCGCCAUCGCAAGAUCAGCCCGCAGCUGCAACCCCAGCUCCUGCUCCUGCGCAGUCACGCAACGAAUCCGAAGACCCAGAGAUCCAAAAGUUUCUCGAGCUUCUCAAGACUGACGAAACAUCCCAAGACGCCGUUCGCAACUCCUCUCAGACAUCACAGACACCUUCAUGGCUAAGCCGACUAGCCUCGCGCGCCGAUCCGAACGCUCCCGAGUCCCAACCCGCUCCUGUGCGCGAUGCCUUGUCAGAAUCACUCCUACCAACGGAGAUGUCCUGUCGGCAGGCAUUCGAUCUAGCCUGGGGCUGCAAUUCCGUUGGAGGUCAAUGGAACGGUGUUUACCGCGAGGGUGGCAUGCGAUCAUGCUCUGAUCAAUGGAACGACUUUUGGUUCUGCAUGCGCACAAAGAGCCAGACCGGUCCUGUCAAAGACCAACUGGUGCGCGCGCACUACCGCGAUAAGGACUUUGCAAAGUACUACGCGCCUGGAAAGCGCAGUAGUGAGGAUGUCUGGGAGGCUAGAACAACCCGUGUACAGCCAGGAACGGCGUUUUCGCAAAGCAUGGAUCUGCCGAGCGUAGACGACGAAGAAUGGCGCAAGAUGGAAAACGAGAGAAGAAACAAGAUUAGGGGCGAGCUGGGCUUCGACAACAAGUCAUGAGGCUGGAUAUAUGUGUAUUAGAAUCUAUGUAAUAAUAUCUGUACAAUCUUUGCCGUAAAACGCCGUUGUUUCUGUUGCUGAUUUGUAUAGGGUGGCUGUGUUGCGGUACGCUCCUGUAUCUAAAGACAACUGCGCUGAAGCUAUGUAUUCCCCUCUAUAUAUUCUAGUGAUAAUAUAGCGCUCCAGAUACG